AUGGCAGAAGAAAGUGUCGAGGUGCUUGAGUAUAUUGGGUUCGUACCGGAUGUUGCCAGACUGAUCUAUGACCGAUAUUGCGGCCGCCCAAGCCCAAGCCAAAAUCCCGAUGACCUAAUGGCAUAUGUCACUGCACAUCUCGCCUCUCUUAGCCGACGACAGUACGAUGAAAUGAGCCAUCAGGAGGCGCUCGCUGAUGUUGGUCUUACUCGCCAAAUUCAAGGAGCAAUCACGGACCCGAGAUUCUCACACAUCUUCAGUACCCAGACCCUCACUUACUGGGCACAAGAUACCCUUGAAACCAACUAUGCCGCUCUUCUUCGUCAACAGCAACUGCUACAAAGCCAUGCAAACAAGCGCAUAGCUCAUGAAAAGAAACAUCAGCGGCCCAGGCAUGAGCCGAGCCGAGAAGACCAAGACCCAUCUGAGCAGCAACCCGUGACAGCAACGAUCAACAUGACACCCCAAGAUUUCCAGUUCCCAGACACAUAUGUGAUGGUUCAACCUGAGGCCAAUAUCCUCGCCGAUCACAUUUCUUUAUACAAGGGCAAGGCAUAUGAUGAUUUACGGCCAGCGGGUGAUAUCAUUGAGAGUGAUGGAAAAGUCAACCUAAGACCACUCAGCACAUACCCCGGCGGAGACUUCAAUUUCGAUUUUAAUGCGCAAUACUGGACCCCCGAAAUUGAAACGGCUGAAGAGUACCGCAAAUUUGCAGAAAGGAGAAGCCCUGCAGCCGAUACCUGCAUUAUUCACAUUCAGGUUCCGCGACCAUUCAUCAACAACCUCCGAAUGGAGAAUCUGGGGUAUUCUCCCAACUGGAAAGAGUACAUCUGGACCUGCAGGAGACAGGCUACCCCUCACCCGAGAUUCGACCACCUCUGGCGAUCUGGGCAAGCUGAUAUCGUCCGGGGCCCCAUCUGUUCUACCCUCAGCACACAGCUAGUCCGCAUCCGCAGAGAAAACAUCCAAAGUCACAUCACUGAGGACAACGUGAUGCAAUUGCUGUCUGGGAGAAAGGCUACUCAGUGGGUAUUCGUUCAACGUGAUGGGGUUGACCGGUUAGCAGAACACAUUCGAGGGAAGAUGCAUUUCAUCAUUUUUGAAGCCGCUGUUAUGAGCCAAUCCUAUCAAGAGAAAGGGUGCGUCGAUUCAAAUUACUAA